UUCUUUUUGUCAACAUUCUAAUUCUGUUUUAAAUGGCAAGUUAAACAAGUUAAUAAGCUUAUCGUGUGUUUUGCAAAGUAAAACUAAAAACAACAAAGUUGCCAACUUAGGGUUCGUCUUAAUCUAGACUUUUGAGUGAUACACAUUUAAUCCAUUAUUUAAACAAAUGGUGGAAUAAAAAGUUUCAAAUGGAUGAAGUCUAAAAAUUUGGUUAGUUUAAUUUGUUAAAUACCCAUUGGUUAAAAAUGGCGAUUUGGCUGUCAUUCACUACAUGCAAAAAGUAAACUAAGUUUAAUUAUAAAAAAACCACCGACAUUCCACUUUUAAUACUUUGUUAACAAAGAAAGGUCAUCGAAUGCGUUUAUAUACUGCAAUCAGUUCGAAGGUUGUGAUUCUAUUUGCUUGUUGACUUCAAUUUUUAUAUCUUGUCCUUCACGUAAUACUGUGUCCAAGUGUUAAAAUAAUUUUUAAUUAGUAAACAUUCUGAGUUUAAAACAUUUUUUAUUUCCAAAAGAGAAUAAUGUCGAGUACAAGUAAAGAAGGUAAUGCUAGCAGAGUGCAAAAAUAUCGCAUGAAAAAGAAAGCCGAAAGUGAAGAAUUUCAGAAGAGAGAAAAUGCUAGAACAAAUGCCAUCAAGAAAAAUAAGAGACGAAAUAUGAGUCAAACUGAACUAAAAACAAUACGAGAAUAUGAAAGGGAUCAAAAAAGAAAACAGAGAGAAAGAAAACAGUUAGAAAAUGAAACACCUGAUCCAAGUACAUCAGAAUUUCCGCCAUUAAAUUUCUAUUAUCCAUAUAAUUGCCCACAGACUUAUGCAAAAGUACUAUUGAAAGCAACUGAAAGCUUACCUACAUCACCAAACAAACGGAAUUCUAUUAUUAGCGGCUUAGUAGACAAGUAUAGUGUCAAGAUCAGUGAUUUGUCUCACAGAAAAUCCAUAUUUGGUCAAGAUGAUAUCUUAAUUGAAAAAGUCAAAAGCUUCUAUUUCCGUCCAGAUAUAGUUUACACUGGUCCUGGGAUGAAAGAUACCAUGGUUUCGUGGAAGUCAGGUAAAAAAGAGACAUUGCAUAAGUUUUAUCUGACUGUUUUUCUUCGAGAAGGAUUUUUUAUGUUUAAAGAAGAAAAUCCAGAUUUAAAAAUCGGCUUUACAAAAUUCACACAGCUGCGACCGGAAAACGUGGUUUUAUUGAAAGAUACACCGAAAGAUCAGUGCCGCUGCAAAAUUCAUGAAAAUUUUACCCUAAAACUCAAAGCAUUACAAAUUAAAUAUGAAAAUUUUUGGCAAAAUGUUUUAUGUGACCAAACAAUGAAUUCAAUUUGCUGGAAAAAUGAAUGCUUUUCUUGUAUGAAUUUAUUAAAAUUCAGUAGUCCUGAUCCUGAACAGCUAUCUCUCACCAAGAUUUGGAAAAAAUGGGAUAAAGAUGAAGGAGGUCGAUUGCAACUAAUCUUACGAGAGCGUUUGAGUACAGCGUUGAGCGUUUUGUUCUUGUAAAACAAAAAAUGCUAUCUCAAUCAGAUGUUGAAGUUCAAUCUGCUAAGGAUUUUGCUGAAUUAGCGUCGCAACAAGUAACUUCUACUAAAAUUAUUUACGUUUCUGAAGAAAAUAUUAAAUCGCAGAUUGACACUUUCAGACCAUGGCAAGAUGUCAUUCCAAUUACCGGCAUAUCAAAUUUUCAUAUAAUAUCUUGUGAUUCGAGACAAUUCGAGCUAAAAAGCACGAUUUAGAUGGCGAAGAUCAAGUGUUUUUUUGCAAAUAACUAUUUUUAAUUCUUAUGCUUGUACGCGUCCGUCACGUAACAAAACUGUCCUUCACGUAAGUUUACUAUUUACUAUAUUUUAUUAAAAACUGAUUAUUUUUCAAGAACCAAAAUUUAUACUUUUGUUUUCAUUAAACUCUACUCUAUUAACAAUUAAAGAAAAAAAGUUGUAUUUUUUUAAUAAUUCGCUGAAU